CGAAUCAUUCCAAUUAUUUCCGUGCUAGGCAGGACAAUUUUUGGAGCUUUCUUAGAAUAUUCAUCAAUGUCUGAAGAAAUUGUUUAUGUAGAUCUCAAAUUUCAGGACUCUGAUAAGAAAGAAAAUCUGCAGACAUCUGAUAAAUGUGGUGGAAAAGUACCUUCUGCCCCUUCCUAUUCACAGCAUAAAGUAGUCUUGAUUCUAACUGUUCUAUGCAUUCUGCUGCUCAUUGGACUGGGGGUCUUAGGAGGUUUGUUUUAUACAACUUUGGAGACAGAAAUGAUAAAAUCAAAUCAACUACAAAACAUCAGGGAAGAACUUCAGAGAAAUGUUUCCCUACAGCUGAUGCACAAUAUAAACAGCUCCAAGAGAAUCAGGAACCUUUCGGCCAUGCUGCAAAAGACAGCCACCCAGCUGUGUCGUGAACUGUAUAAAAACAAACCAGAACACAAAUGCAAGCCUUGUCCAAAGGGUUCAGAAUGGUAUGAGGACAGUUGUUAUUCCAAACGUAAUGAGUAUGAAACCUGGCAAGUGAGUGAAAUGCUCUGUUCUGCUCGGAAUGGCAGCCUGCUGAAGAUUAAGAACAGGCGUGUGCUGGAAUUUAUAAAGUCUAAGAACCUAAAAGGUUAUUGGCUGGGGUUGUCGCCCAGAACAAAGACACUACAUUACGAAGAACUGAAUGAGAACAUGUUCCUCUCUGCAGGAUUUGAAAGAAGCACAUAUGACUUAAGUCAUAUGUACUGUGGACAUAUAGAAGGACGUUAUGUUUAUUAUUCACCCUGUACUAAUAAGAAAUAUGCCAUGUGUGUGGAGACAGCCAGCACUGUACAGGUGGAAAGUGUACUGAAUGACCUUCCAGAGGAAAGAAAAUAGCUACUGCAAUUGCUGAUCUCCAGCUUCUUUCCUGCUCUGAUGGUUUGAAUGAGGAUGGCCGCCAUGGGUUCAUAUUUUGAACACUUGGGCCCCAGUUGGUGCAACUGUUAGAGAAGGAAGAGAAGGUAUGGCCUUGGUGGAGGUGGUACUUCACUGAUGGCACACUUUGAGUAUUCCAAAAUCCACCCCACUUUCAGUUAAUUCUUUCUCUGUCUUGUGUGAAUUGAGAUGUUAUCUUUCAACUACUGCUCAAAGCACGUCUACCUGCCUGCUGUCAUGCUCACCAUCAUAAUGGUUAAAGACUAUAAUCCUCCAGAACAACGAGCCCCUAAUUAAACCCUUUCUGUUAUAAGUUA